CAGCCCCGCGUAGCCCGAGCGCGACGCGCCGAAGCACACCAGGGCCAGCACGCACAGCACCUGCGGGGACGGGGACGGGGAGGGCCCCGCGGCGGAAGAUGGCGGCGGGCGAUGGCGCGGCGGAGGAGCCGGGAACGGGGACGGGGACGGCGCCGGCGCCGGGCCCGGUGUCCUUCGCCUUCAGCCGCAGGGCCGAGCGGCGGCGGCCGCUGCCCGCGGGACCGUGCGCGGAGCCCGGCGCGGGCGGAGACAGCGAGAGCGACACCGACUUCCUGACGGCCGUGGAGGGCCGCGAGCUGCUCAGCACGCGGCCGGCCCCGCCCCCCAAGCCGGAGCUGGUGAUCCCGCUGAUCCCCGCGCGCCGCUGGAGGAACCCCGAGACCCCCGCGCAGGGGACGGGCACCGCCCACCGGACAGACCCCGCCCACAAAACAGGCCCCGCCCACGGAACGGGCACCGCCCACGGAACGGGAACAGCCCACGGGACAGGCCCCGCCCACGGAACGGGACCCGCCCACGGGACAGGCACCGACCCCGGGACAGGCACCGCCCCCGGGACAGGCACCGCCCACGGAACGGGACCCGCCCACGGGACGGGCACCGCCCCCGGCACGGGCACCGCCCACGGAACAGACCACGCCCCCAGCGCUGACCCCGCCCCCAGCACAGGCCCCGCCCAUGGAAGAAGCCCCGCCCCCAGCACAGGCCCCGCCCCUAGCGCUGACCCAGCCCCUAGCGCUGACCCCGCCCAUGGAACAAGCCCCGCCCCCAGCGCUGACCCCGCCCCCAGCACUGGCCCCGCCCCCAGCGCUGGCCCCGCCCCCAGCGCGGACCCCCCCUCGGUGGAGGCUCAGGCGGUGCAGGAGCUGCUGCAGGAGGCGCGGCAGAGCCAGGAGCCCCCCCCGGGCCAGCCCGGCCCCACCAUGGCCAUCCCCCUGCAGGGGCUCCGGGACCGGGACGUGGGCACGGGGCAGCAGCCGACCCCCCAGGACUACGAGGCCGUGCCCGUGGGGCAGUUCGGGCUGGCCAUGCUGCGGGGGAUGGGCUGGAGCCAGGGCCAGGGCAUCGGCCGCACCUUCGCCAGGGUGGUGCCCCCCCUGGAGCAGCGGCCCCGCCCGCGGGGGUUGGGGCUGGGGGCCGAGGCCGCCCCCCCCGGGGCCGGGGAGCCCCCCCAGGCCGGGCUGGGCGUGGGUGACACCGUCAGCAUCGAGGCCGGGCCCCACCGCGGCCUGCGCGGCCAGGUGCAGGCGCUGCUGCCCGAGGCCGGCCGGGCGCUGGUGCGGCUCCAGCUCGGGGCGCAGGUGGUGACUGUCAGUCAGCACGGACUGCGCCCGCUCGGCCACGGUGCCCCGGGCCGCCCCCCCCCGCCGGGCUCUGGGGGGGGGGCACAGGGUGGGGACCCCCCACGGGGGGGGGGCAAACGCCGGGAGCCCCCCCCGGAGCAGAGGAGCGCGAAGCAGCCCCGGGGGGCCCCCCCCGCGCCCCCCCCCCACUGGCUGCGGCGGGACCUGCGCGUGCGCUGCGUGGACACGGCCUUCAGAGGGGGGGUCUUCUACAACUGCAAGAUGACGAUCGAGGACCUGCUGGCCCCCGACACCUGCGUGUGCCGCACGGACGACGGGCGCCUGGUGGAGGGGCUGCGCGAGGCCUCUCUGGAGACGGUUGUGCCGCGGGACAGCUCCGAGCGCGUCAUGGUGGUGCUGGGGGAGCACGCGGGGCAGCUGGGCCGGAUCCUGGAGCGGGACGGGCGCCGGGCCCGGGCGCUGGUGCAGCUGUGCCGGGCGGGCGCUGCGGUGCUGCCGCUGCCCUUCGACUGCAUCUGCCACUACCUGGGGGGGGACGAGGACUGAGACCCCCACGGACCCCCACGGACCCCCACGGACCCACCCACGGGCGGGCACGGACGGCACGGAUGGCACGGAUGGCAUGGAUGGCACGGCACAGCAUGGCACGGCACGGCAUGGAUGGCACGGCACAGCGGGUGACAGGGGAGGGAGAUGGGAAUCAGUGGAGAGAGACGAGAAACAAUGGAGAGAAAUGGGAAAUAACGGAGAGAAACUGCAACUGAGGAGUGAAAUGGGCAACAACGGAGAGAAAUGGGCAAUAAAGGAGAGAAACGGGAAAUAACGGAGAGAAACGGGAAAUAACAGAGAGAAACGGGAAACGAUGGAGAGAGACGGGAAAUGAUGAAGAGAGACGGGAGACAGCGGAGAGAGACAGGAGACAAUGGCGUUAUGUGGGCAACAACGGGUGUGACGCGGGCAAUAAAAGAGAGAAACGGGCAACCAAGGAGUGAAAUGGGCAACAAUGGAGAAAAACGGGCAACAGUGGAGAGAAACGGCAACCGCAGUGUGAGACGGGCAACAAAGGACAGAAAUGGGAAACAAUGGCGUGCAACGGGCAAAAACGGGCGUGAAAUCGGCAAUAAAGGUGUGAAAUGGGCAAUAAAGGCGAGAAACGGGCAA